CUCUUUCUGUGAUGGCUUUAAUUCUUCUCACCUAACCCUCAUUUCAUCAUUCAUUUCUGUGUCUACCUGAACUUCUGCAACUUUUUUUUUUCUUUUUUUAAAUUUGUCCCCCUCUUAACAACAUGGUACAAUCAAAGAAGUUCAAAGGUGUCAGACAACGCCAGUGGGGCUCUUGGGUUUCUGAAAUUCGCCAUCCGCUGCUGAAGAAAAGGAUAUGGUUAGGAACAUUUGAGACAGCAGAGGAAGCAGCAAGAGCGUAUGAUGAAGCAGCUAUCUUGAUGAGUGGACAAGUUGCGAAAACAAACUUCCCAAUUGUGAAGGAGAGUACUGAUAACAACAAUGACACUACUAAAUUCCCUUUAACUUCUUCAUCAACACUGUCUAGUAGCAUGCUGAAUGCAAAGCUGAGGAAAUGUUGCAAGGAUCCAGCACCUUCCAUGACCUGUCUGAGGCUCGAUAACGACAACUGUCAUAUUGGAGUGUGGCAAAAAACAUCAGGGAAACAUUCAAGUUCUAAUUGGAUAACAAAAAUCGAACUUGGAAAGAAGGAGGAGAAGCCUCAUGAUCAUCAGGAUAUGAAUGCUGAACUUGGCAUUACUAAACCAUUGGACGAAGAAAACAGAAUUGCUAUGCAAAUGGUGGAAGAACUACUCAAUUGGAAUUCUCCGUUUUCUGAUGAACCGAUUACUGAUCAUCUCUCUCCGUCUUUUUCCAACUCUAUAUGAUAUACCAAAAAUGUGGAAUGUAUUGCAUAUAUAGUUAAUUAGACUAGCGUAUCGUUAUCUCCAAUAAAAGCCUAAAAAGAGAAGGGAUUAUUAUUGAAUAA